AUGGUCCAAACGGGUACCGCAUUAACGAUAUCCGCCGCCACGGCCGCGACAGGCCUCCUAGCCUAUGCGAUCUACUUCGACUACCAACGUCGUGCGGACCCCAACUUCCGACGAAACUUGCGACGGGAAGAACGACGACAAGCGCGCGCAGAGAAGGAAGAGGCUGUAUUGCAGACUAAGCAGAAGCGCAAAGAUAUUCAGAGGGUCAUUGAUCAAGCCACAGAAGAGGGCUUCCCCACUGGUGUCAAUGAGAAGGAACAGUUCUUCAUGGACCAUGUCCAGAAGGGUGAAUUACUCGCUGCCGACCCAUCAAACACACUAGAAGCUGCGCUAGCUUUCUACAAGGCUCUCAAGGUAUACCCGACUCCCGGUGACCUAAUUUCCAUCUACGACAAGACUGUCGACAAGCGUGUCCUCGACGUCCUAGCCGAAAUGAUCGCAUACGACAAGAACCUCGACCUAGGCGGCGGCAUCAACCUCUCCGAUCUGCCCAGCGCCGGUCUGGACUAG